AUGUGUGAGCAAAAGAUGAUUAUAGAUAUGCUAGAGAAAAGAUGGAAAGACGAAGAAGAAAAGCAGCUAAAAAGAGAGAAAGCUGAGGAAGAGAGAUGGAAAAAUCUGCAGAAGGAAAUCGAAAAAGGAAACGAGAGCCUAAAGGAUAAACUUGAUAAACUUGAGGAAAAGUUAAAGCAAGAAGUAGGAGAAAUGAAAAAGGACAUAAAUGCCCUGAAAAGGGAAAAUGAAGAUAAAGGGAAAAGGAUAAGCACAAACAAACAGAAAAUAGAAAUGAUGAAAAAAUCGCUUGAAGAACUAGAAAAAAAGACAAAAGAAAAAAUAAGAGAGCUAGAAGAGGAAACUAACAAGCAAAAGAAGAGAAAAUGGAGACAUGCGUAG